AGAAGAGGGAGGGGUGCCGGCGCCGCCGCCGCUCUGCGUCUCUCCCGGUCCCGGCCGGCGGCUCACCAGAGGAGGGCGGGAGGGAGGGCGGAUCCAUCAUGGCGUCUAUGCAGAAGAGGCUACAGAAAGAGCUAUUGGCUUUACAGAAUGACCCACCUCCAGGAAUGACCUUGAAUGAAAAGAGCGUACAAAAUUCAAUUACACAGUGGAUUGUAGACAUGGAAGGUGCUCCUGGAACAUUAUAUGAAGGGGAGAAAUUUCAGCUGCUGUUUAAAUUCAGUAGUCGAUAUCCAUUUGACUCUCCUCAGGUCAUGUUUACUGGUGAAAAUAUUCCUGUUCACCCUCAUGUUUAUAGCAACGGGCAUAUCUGUCUGUCUAUUCUAACAGAAGACUGGUCUCCAGCUCUUUCAGUGCAAUCAGUUUGUCUUAGCAUUAUUAGCAUGCUUUCCAGCUGCAAAGAAAAGAGACGACCACCAGAUAAUUCAUUUUAUGUAAGAACAUGUAACAAGAAUCCAAAGAAAACUAAAUGGUGGUAUCAUGAUGACACUUGUUGAUGCCACCAUUUUGAAAUUCACCUAACAGAAGAUAGUCCUACUGAGAAAAUGAGCACUUUGAUCAUUCAGUCUUUGAACUUUAACCUCUGACUGGAAGUGACAAUAGGCAAUGAAGACUACUUCCUCUGACUGCAUUUUUACUAGUGUGCAUUCUGGGCGCAUGUUGAUCGCUGGUUCAAUCCAUGCUACUGACAUGCUUUUCUUAGUCGUACAGUAUUAAUGCAGGUGUUGGGAAAUAUCAGAAUUCCAUUUUUUAAAAUAAACUUUUGGAAGAAUUUUAGGUCUUCGUGUAUUGUGCAAUAAUAUGAUUCUUGACGGUGUUGGUAUAUCCACUGCCGGCAAAAGAUUGUAUCAGGAAACUUAUAACCUGCCACAAGAAAAGGUAGAUGCAUGAUAGGGCCUAUGAAAAGAUUUAAGUAUAUUGAGAUUAAGUAACCUAUCAUUUUGAAAGCCACCUAAUUGUUUAAAUUUGGAUUCUAUGCACUGUGAUCAUAAGACUAGCAGCGUGAAUUAAAACAUGCUUAGCUGAAGGACUAAUAAGAUCAUUGCAUAUUUAUUGAACUGUCAGUAUUUUGACAUGGAAUAUUUUCAAGUUAUAUCAGCAGAGAGGUACGUACUAUGAUAUCCCUGUGGUGAAAUAGAUACCUUUUGUUUGUAUACUAUAUUUCUGAAGGAAAGGUAGGAAUAAAAUAAGGUAGGAAUGAUUUAAUCAAGGCAAACUUUGUUCUGGAAAUGGGAACAGAUGGUAGUGAUGAUACUGAAUUUGCUGCAGUCCUUGAAGGGGCUUGUUAAUAUGUACACUAGAGCUAUUUUCCAAGUAGAUUGCACAUUGUUACUUCCCAGUAGCCUUCAGCAUGAGCCCUGUUGCCUACACAAUAUUUCAUUUAUUUAUAUGUUUGGACUUUUUUUUGUUUUGAGUUCAUGGUUACUUUUGUGUUGUAUGUCACAUUUGAAUGUUACAAAACAAUAUUUUCACUGAAAAGCUGUCAGAAGAUAUUUUCUUGUAAACUAUUUCUUUACCUUGUAAACGUUAUCUUGUCUUUUAAUCCUGUAUUAUAAAGGAAAAAAUACAUUUUGGACAGAGAUGAACUGUUUUGACAAAAAGGUGUGGAUCUUUUUAUUUAAGUUUAGACAAAAGUAUAUUUUUCUUACCUUGCUUGUCCCAUACAGCCAUAGCAAUUUUCCAGGUUUUUUCUUCAAGUAUCUGACUACAACUAGAUUUACCUUUUUUAUAUAGAAAAACAAUUGUUAAAUAGUGAAUUAUUCUUCACCUCUGUAAUUUUAUGAUACUACAUAUAGGCUGUCUUUUAUAAGCACUGAUGUCUUUUAUAAACUUACUACCUUACACUUAUGCAAACUUUCUAUUUCAGUGCUCUUUUUAAUGAUGCCUUACUGUUGCACAAACAAAAAAAAUCAAACCUAAUAGUUAAUAAAUGAAUGUCUGAACUGAAUAAAACUUACUUGAUUUUUAAAGUAAGAACCAGAUCAGCAAAGUUCAGCCUAUCAGAGUUGGCUGAAGAUAAUUCUAGUGGUUUUUUAAACUGCUGUGUAGUAACUUGCAAAUUUUAUAGAUAUGUACAUACUACUAUACUUUGCAACUAUCUAAAACACAAUUGAUAAGCUCAGGGGUGGGUAGAAAUGAAAUGGAGAUAUAACGGUGUUCAUUGGUGGCACUGAAUUACACGCUAUCGAUGCAGUGUGUUGUUUUAAACAAGAAACUCUUACUUUUUCUGUUUUGAGGAAAUCUUUACUGCCCUCUUAAAAGUUUGACAGAAGCUGUGGGUAUUAACAUGUGUACGUAUGUUUGCAAUAUUCAAAAUGAAAACUAUCACUUUUGGAUGUCUGUCAAGCCAAAAAUAUUAUUGAGGAAUUAGGACACAUAUUCCUUGUUAUAGUUUUUUCUGUAAUAUUUCCAUUUGUGAAUUAAACUACAGCAAUCAACUAAAAGAUAUUUACAAAUUAAUAGUAUGCAUGAGCAGUAACUACUGAAUAUUUCAUCCAUAUCUUCAUAUAUACAAAACGUUUCACUUGAUGUAUGUGUUGGAAAGCUAUGUAUAUUGUUCAUACUGCAGAAUUGCAUAAUCAUGUCAAUUUGUUCUCCUGUCCACAGUGUUGGAACACCUUAAUACACCUGAAAGAAUGGAUUCAUCUGUGCAUUUAAAAGAUUAAUGUAAUUAUUCCAUACUGUGGAUUAUAAUGUUUUUUAAAGAUUCUUUGUGUACAUUCUCAAAAUCCAUGCGUUAUUGUUGCACCUAUUUUGAUUCACUUAUAUAAAUACCACAGUAUGGAUUAAAUAGAAAUUACUAAGCAA